GGUAUUAAUAAUAAUGGCAUUAUUGGCGUAAAACAUGUAUUAUUACUGUUAGUGUAUAAUUGUGUUCAUUAUAUACAUACACACAAAACAAUUAAGCAUUCAUUUGAUUGGCAUAGAGUUGAUUGACCAAGGCACCAAGACCAUUGUCCACUGUUUGGUAUUAACCUCUUGUGAUGACUGUUUGCCAGUGAGUGUCCAGUGAGUGAACGGUUGAACCAUUGAUUCAGUGAUCAUUUGGUUGGAAGUGUUGUCAACCAUUGGAUGACAAUUGAAUUGAAUUGAAUGCCAAUUGAGACAAUUGUCUCGAUUGUGGUCUCAACUGAAUUCACUGACUAUUGAUAAUCAGCUGACCUCAGAGUCCAAUGCAAUACCAAACACCCACUGAAGACAUAGUUCACUGUUUGACCAUUUGAUUGAUUGUACAGAUUAUGUGAAAUUGAAUUCAAAUUGCAAUGAAUUGAUAUAUAAUUAGCAAUAAUUAUAUAUAAUAUUAAUAUGUUUUCAUUACUCACAAAAUGCUUACAACUAAAGCAAACUAUAAUUGCAGUUCAUAUGCAUUCAAUUUCCUAUUGAUUUUGUGCUCAUUUUAUUCAUUUCUCUUUAAUUGAUUCCCAACUGAUUUGGCGUUCAUUUCACCAUUUGUUUGCUUUUCACACCAAUUAUCGCUUUAUAUUUAGAAACCAUUUAAAGUGAAGAAGUGGUAAAAGUGGAAGAAUGGGUGCAUUUCUGGACAAACCGAAGACCGAGAAGCACACCGAAGAGGGCGGAGGGAAUGGCCUCCGAUUUGGGUUGAGUUCAAUGCAGGGCUGGAGGAUCGAGAUGGAGGACGCGCACUGCGCUGUCGUAGGCCUCCCACAGCUCAACGACUGGAGCUUUUUCGCCGUAUUCGACGGACACGCCGGCGCCCGAGUGUCAGCCCAUUGCGCGGAAAACCUUUUGGAUACAAUCACACAGACGGAUGGCUUCAGACAGUCCUCGAACCCAUCGAAUGGCACAAUAAGUGCCGAACAAAUAGAUGAAGUGAAGCAAAGCAUUAGAGACGGGUUUCUCAAGUUAGACGAGAAGAUGAAACGAUUGCCUGAAGUGGAGUCCGGGGAAGACAAGAGCGGCUCAACGGCCGUGUGUUGUCUCAUAGCUCCGCAACACUUCUUCUUCGCCAACUGCGGUGACUCGCGGGCAGUGCUCUCGCGGUCCGCCAAAGCCUUCUUCUCAACUCUCGAUCACAAACCCAUUAAUCCGACCGAAAAGGAAAGGAUCCAAAGGGCGGGCGGGAGUGUUAUGAUUCAACGCGUCAACGGAUCUCUGGCCGUCUCGCGAGCUCUCGGAGACUAUGAGUACAAACAGGUGGAAGGUCGGGGUCCGUGCGAACAGUUAGUGUCUCCCGAACCAGAAAUUACAGUUCAAAGCCGGGAAAACACCGAUGAGUUUCUGGUGUUGGCCUGCGAUGGCAUUUGGGAUGUCAUGGAUAACGACGAGUUAUGCGAUUACGUUAGACAUCAGCUGACUAUUCAUCCAAAUCUUGAAACCGUCUGUUCCUCUAUAAUCGAUACGUGUCUCCAUAGGGGAAGUAAAGACAACAUGAGUGUAGUUUUGGUCUGUUUUCCCGGCGCUCCCACUGUUAGCGAAGACGCCCAACAAAAAGAUAGAGAACUUAAUUCAUUAAUAGAGAAGAGAGUUCAGGAAAUUAUAGAGAAAAACGAAGAGUUGACGGUCGCGGAGGUGUAUCAGGCAAUCCUCUACGACGACAUCGAUUCGUUGCCUCCCGGAGGAGGACUCGACUCCAAGCGAACGAUUAUAGAAGAGACUUAUAAACGGAUUAAUCCCAACAAGAAUUGCGACACUAAUAGACUGGAGAACAGCGAUGAGGACCACAACUACCCCAUCAACUGACACACCAUUCAUGUGUUGCCAAACAUCCAUCGCUUUCGCCGAUAAGUCCUGUUUAUCACAAAAUAAUAAAUUUUACUUUAAUUACAAAAAAUAAAAAAUAAUAAAAAAUAUUUACUUUUAAAUGCUUUUCCGUAUGUAUUGAUUGCUUUCUAUACAACAAUUUCUAUGCAAUUAAUUAUAGAGAACUUUAUAACAAAUAAUUUAAUUCUCUGUUCAUUUUUUUGACUACA